AUGAACCAGGACUUUCUGAAAAAGGCCAAUGCCAACAUAGUGACUGUGGUCCUUCUGGAGAGUUUUGCUGAGGUGUGGGAACUUAGGCUCCUUCUCUCCAUGUUGUUUCUAUUGAUGUACCUGGGCACCCUAUUAGGGAAUCUUAUCAUCAUCACAAUCACCACUGUUCACCAGAGCCUGAACACACCCAUGUUCUUCUUCAUCAGGAAUCUGUCCAUCUUGGACAUGUGUUACAUUUCUGUCACUGUCCCCAAUGCCUGUAUCAACUCUAUUAGUGGCAACAGAGAAACUUCUGUGGCUGGCUGUGCAACUCAGAUUUUCUUGGUCCCUUAUUUUAUAUACGUGGAGAUUCUAUUCCUCACCAUAAUGGCUCAGGAUCAUUAUGUCGCAAUCUGCCAGCCCCUCCACUGUCCUAUUAUCAUGAACCACAAGUUCUGCGUCCAAGUGACACUGGCAUCCACACUUAGUGGCUUCGUUUAUGCAGCCGUGCAUGCUGGCAACAUGUUCCGGCUGUCCUUCUGUCAGUCCAGUGUUGUCAAUCAGUUCUUCUGUGAUAUCCCUUCUUUGCUGAGAUUUUCCUGUUCAGACACUUUUAGCAACAAACUCUUAAAUCUUCUUUCUGCCAUGGACAUAGCUGGUGUCUGCUUUACCUUCAUUGCUACUUCAUAUUUUCACAUAUUUUCAACUGUGUUAAAGUACCCAGUCAAAGAUGAGGGAGGAAAGGCCUUUUCCACCUGUGUACCUCACAUUCUUGUGGUGUUUGUGUUUCUUAGUUCUAGUGCCUAUGUAUACCUAAGCCACUCAGAACUCUCUGAAAUUACUGAGGACAUGAUUCUUUCUAUAUGUUAUACCAUUGUUCCACCAUUUCUGAAUCCUAUCAUCUGUAGCCUUAGAAAUAAACAGAUAAAAGAGGCUGUUAGAAAGGUAAUAUUAAGAAUGUUUUAUUCAGGAAAAUUAUGA